AUGGGCGAUCAGCAUGACGGCUCCCAGGCCGACGUUACGGUCACUCUCGGGCCAUCCUCUCCUGGUCUCCAGGCAGCGUACCUCGGCAUCAGUUUUAUCCUGAUAGUAGCCGCUAACUCUCUUCUCAUCCUCCUUGUGUGUAGGAAGGAAUAUCUCCAACAGCCUCGCCACUACUUACGCUGCCAUCUAGCCUUCAAUGACAUCCUCUUCACAACGGCACAGAUCCCGAGAUACAUCCAUCUAAUUCUGCAAAGCAACGGCCGAUUUUAUGGUAUAAUCUGCUCGGACACACGAAUAGUUAGCGCUGCAGCAUUACUGUCCACAUACGGCACCUAUCUCCUGAUGGCUAUAGACAUGUACUAUUACAUAUGUUAUCCCCUGCAGUAUGAAAGCAAAGUCACAACAAAGCGUUUGGCCACAGCACUGGGUCUUGUUGACGCGUUCUCUAUCAUCUGCGGCGCAGUGCCGAUUGCCCUUGUUAGAAAAGCAGAAGGUAACGUCUCAUGUCUGAUGAAAAUAACAUAUCAAACUGCCUUUGUUCUUAGGAGCAUCGGCAUACUUGCACAGAUUUUAUCCCUGCCGGUUAUCAUAGGUUUGUACUACGUCGUUUUGAAGGAAGCGAAGCGGCAACAACAAAGGCGAUCUUCCUGUGACAGACUGUCUCUGGGCAGGAACCAGGUCGUGCAGGGGGUGCUCAGGACUCAGCAUAGCCUUGAAAAGAGACACAGCAGCGGCCUCUCUCCUCUCCUUCAGGGACGGCAGUGUCGGUACAGAACGUCUGCCGCCACAUGA